AUGGCACGCCGCGCCGACGGAACGAAAGUCAGGAGAAGCAGUGAAGAUUCGCAAAGCGUGGUGAAGAUUCGACCUGCCUGCCGAGCCCAGACCUGCAUCCGAGAGGUGGCUGCAGCGACGCUUUCUCCAAGUGCGCUGCCCAGCGGGAACCCCAAGGAGGGACCUUUCCAGGACGACCUGUGUCUUCGAGGGGCCCCUGCCGGCCAGAUGAGGCAGACGCAGGAGGCACCUGGCUGCGGGCGUGAGGGCCCAGGACAGCUCGUCAGAGUGGACGGCGGAGACGGAGCAGCAAGCCGUGAGGGCCCGCGAGGCCUGGGCAAGCAGCGCCUGGACUCCGACGUGGGCGUCUGCUCUGCCUCGUGGCGGCCGGGACGGGCACACGGCGCAGCUGGCGGGAGGAGGGCGGCAAAGCUCGCACGUGCUUCAAACGUCGCAGGCUCCGGGGCGGAGGGCAGCUCCGGGAAUGCAGCCCGAAAAGGAAGCGGACACGCGACCCAGCGAGCGUCUUCGGGCUACAGAGCAGAACUUCCGUGGUCGUCCGGCCGCCAAGUCUUUCGAAAGCGGAUGCAGCCCCAGCGACAGCAGAGCCACGACACAGGCGCCUGGGACACGUCCAGCCUGCCUCACGCCAUCCACGAAGUUGCCGGCGCCUCGGGCAGCCACUCCCUCAGCAAGACCCUCCGCAUGAGGCUGACCGUGAGCCCGCCCUCCAGCAGGAGCGGGGAGGGGCCGCCCGCAGGCCAGAGCGAGGGCCCGGGCGCUCACCCAGAUGCCCCGAGGAUCCCGCUCAGAGGCAGCCCUCCCCGUCCCUGCAGCCGCUGCCCCACCCUGCGUGUUCCCGUGGCCCUCACCUCCCACGCACCAGGCCCCGGCGUUACCGUGAAUGUGUCCCCACCCCACCCCCCAGGGCAGAAUCUGUUCCCUGAAUAUGGCGCCUGCAGGGCUCAGAGGUGUCUGUUCCAUGGACCUCGAGCCGUCUGCUGCAGGACGGAGGGCGAGGUCACUGAGGGCCCUGCUGUGAACCAGAAGACGGGCCCUGGGGGUCCCGGAGGAAAUUUGCAGCCGUGGCCCUGGGGCCGUGAUGCAGACCUUGCUGUCCUGGACGCCCGCCCCUUCCGAUGCCCCUUGUGGGAGGAGGAUGCUGAUCAGAGCCCCUGCCUGCUGCACCCGACCUCUCCGAGGAACGCUGCCCCCUCGGGCAGUGGCAAGAGAGGUCGGCCCCCUGCCUGUGCCCCACGCGGGGGUCCAGCACUGACUCCCACCCCUGCGCCGGACGAAAACACCGAGCAGAGAAACCACUAGCUGGACCUGGCCAAGACUGAGAACUACACGUCUGAGUUCGGACCUGCCGCCCGGACCAAGGCCCCUGGUGUGGCCCCCCUCGGAGCACGGGCCGGGCCCACAGGUUCCGGGCCCCUGGGACCCCGAGCUGCAGCGCCACGUCCAGGUGUGUGGGGGGAGGUGCCAGGUGAGGCGAGAUGUCCGGGCCCUGCAGAGGACCUCACCAUGUGCCCGUCAGCAGGGUCCCCGCUGGCUCGGCCAAGCCCUCGCACCCCCGAGCAGCCAGACGCUCGCAUGGUGCACAGCCACAGGUCCCGGGGGCUGGCUGACCACGCCCUGCUGGACAGCAGCUCUGGCUGCAGGGGCAGGAAGGGCAGCUCCUCAGGUCCCCAGAGGGCUUGGGCAGGCCGCCUGGGGGGCCCGGGAGAGCCUGCUGCCACUUCCCGCCGGCCGCCCGCCCCCGCACCCCAGGACAGUCACCACCUCCUGCAGCCCCUGCCCCCCUGCCGCAGCCCGACCACCGGCAGUACCAACGGAAGGGCUGGGGAGGCCACUUGCCACUCAAGGCCACGUGCGGGCCAGCCCUCGGUGGUGGAGCCCGAGGUGGCACGGGACCCGCCGGCUGUGCGGGUGGCGGAGGGCUACGCAGUGCCUGUGGUCCAGCACCGCCGCCACCACCCGCCCUAG